AUGGCAUUCCUAAAGAGCUCUGUUCCGACAAUGGUCCAGAAAUACACAGCGGCAUGUUUCAAACAGUUUGUCAAAGAAUGGGACUUUAAACACACUACUUCAAGUCCUCACUUAUCGCAGUCCAAUGGUUUCGUGGAAAGAGCAAUCCAAACUGUUAAGAAGAGUUUGAAAAAAGCACAUGAUGGCAACAAGGACCCUUACCUUGCCUUGUUAGUCCUCAAUACCACUCCUGGAAACGACAACAAGUCACCAGCUGCGCGCCUCUUCGGUCGUCAACCACGUUCCACAUUGCCUUCCCUAAUCCAACCUGCAUUUCCUCCUCCCCCUCCUUCCAAAGACACCCGAGCGAAGACAAAAGAAAGAUAUGAUCAACACGCUAAAGAUCUACCUGAUAUCCAACCAGGAACUGUUGUUCGAAUCCGUGCGAAGGAAGAUGAGAAAUGGAAUCAACUUGGUAAAGUCGUGGAGAAGUGUGCCGAGCCACGGUUCUAUCGUGUCCUCAAUGACAAACAUUGUGAGACGCAACCGCCGCCACCUUAUCCCGU